CCCCAGCUUAACCUCGCCCGCCGGUGGUUGCGGACAGCACCGCGUCUGCAUGCUUGCCAGCCCCGGAGCAUGCCCGCCCUUCCGCGGUAUAUUACAGCCCGCGAGGCUCCCCCACGCUCACGUAAACGCGCCGCGCGCCCGUUGCCAAAUACCGCCGGCCCUGCCCGACGCUCGCGCGCGCCGCUCUCCCCGGCGAGCCAAGAGCCUCUCUGCCUUUUGCUCGCCCCGACCGCGGGACAGCCGCACUCGCCGCAGGUGAAUGCGAGCGUGUGCGCGUGUCGUGAACUCGUGGUCUACCGUGAGGCGUCGGCUUGCGCUGCAUGAACGCGCCCGCGCGGUGCGGUGCGCAUGCAUGAGAGUCCGCUGCUGCCUGCCUGCCUGCCGCCCGCGUUCUGAGACGGGUCUCCCCUUUAAUAGCCAACGAUCCACGGCCUGUUCCUGAGCUGCUGAUUAGAUCGUUGGCAUGGUGUCAUCGCCUCCAGCGGCGAUGGACCUACGGCGGAAGAGCAGCAUCAAGUCGUACGGGUCGAACAUCUCGUCUCGGUCAGGGUCGUUCGACUUCGACCAGGACAAGGAGCGUGACCGCCACCACAACGACGGUGAUCGCCGCGAGGUCGUCGUCAAGAUCGACGCCGAACCGCGCUCCCCAGUCGGCCUCCACGCGGGCGGAGGCGUCGCCAAUGUGUCCGGUCAGAGCUCCAACUAUAUCUCGACGGUCAACACGCCACGGGCUGGGGGCGCGGCGACCGUGCUCCCGGGGUCCGGGUCCGGGUCGAGCGCGUCGACCUCGCCCAGCGCCGGGGCCAACGCGUCCCGCGACGGCAGGUCGUCGUUCAGUUUCAAGAACCGGCCGCCGCAGUCGCCCGAGUCCCCGGCGCUCAGCGCCGGCGGGGAGUCAAUUGAAGACCCACCGACCCGCCUCAUCGGCAGCUUCCUCCGAAAGCAGGCGGCAGCCGGCGGCGAGCUGUCGCUGGACCCCGACUUCGAGGUGGAGGAGCUGAGGAGACCGCCGCGCGCCCCGGCGUCCGUCUCCGCCUCCAGGGAGCUGCGCGUCUCGUUCCAAGACCCCCACAAACGUUUCUCCCCGUCAUCGUCGUCGUCGUCCUCCUCCUCCUACGACACCGGCGACAACCGGAAGCAGAGUGCCACCGACGGGGACACUGCCGAGGUGCUACGCUGCACGUCGACGUCCACCGGGUCCAGCCUGUUGGCGCGUAGCAAGACGCGCUCCCGGCUAAUGGAUCCCCCGCCGCCGUCGAGUGCCCCCGCCGCCGAGGGGGAGCGCAACGAUCGCAAGUCGUUUGUGGCAAAGGGGCCGCCGCCCAAAUCCGGGCAGCUCCGGUCGGGUCUCAUCGGCAAGUCGGGGCUCAUUGGCAAGUCAGGCGCCUUCGACGACGAAGACGACGACCCGUUCAUGGAAGAGGGCCUCACCUCGGACUUCAAGCGUGACACGAUGGACUGCCUACUCAUCCUCGAGUGGGUCAGCCUAGUGGUCAUCGUCGGCGCUCUGGUCUGCAGCCUCACCAUACACAGCCUGUCCAAGAAGAAGCUCUCGGGGCUCCAUCUCUGGAAAUGGGAGCUCCUCGUGUUCGUGCUCAUCUGUGGCCGCCUUGUCUCCGGCUGGGUCAUCCGCAUCGCCGUCUUCUUCGUCGAGCGUAACUUCCUGCUGCGGAAGAAGGUGCUCUACUUCGUCUACGGCGUGCGCCGUGCCGUGCGGAACGUGCUCUGGCUGGGCCUCGCGCUCGUCUCCUGGCACCUGCUGUUCGACAAGGACGCCAAGCGGGAGACGCACACGCUGGUGCUGCCCUAUGUCACCAAGGUGCUGUGCUGCCUCCUCGUCGCCACAGUCAUCCGCCUCGUCAAGACGCUGCUACUCAAGGUGCUCGCCUCGUCCUUCCACGUCUCCACCUACUUCGACAGGAUCCAGGACGCGCUCUUCAACCAGUACGUCAUCGAGACCCUCUCCGGGCCGCCGUUGGUCGACGAAAGCCGCAUGCUUGCCGAGGUGCAGAGGCUGCAGAGCGCGGGGGCAGCCAUUCCGAAUGAGCUCCAACACGCGGCAAUGCCGAGCAAGUCCGGGCCCGUGCCGAAGAGUGGUCGCCUUACGGCAGCCCCGUCCAGGCGAGGUGUCAGCACUCAGCUGCAGAGGCAGAAAACCGAGCGGCAUUUCGAUGAGGGGAUCUCCAUUGACCAGCUUCACAGGCUCAGCCAGAAGAACAUCUCUGCGUGGAGCAUGAAGAGACUGAUGAAGAUUGUUCGGUAUGGGGCGCUGACGACGAUGGACGAGCAGAUCAAGCAUGCGACAGGCGAGGACGAGAUGGCGACGCAGAUUCACAGCGAGUACGAGGCCAAGGUCGCUGCCAAGAGGAUUUUCCAGAACGUCACCAAACCUGGAUCCAAGCACAUAUACUUGUCAGAUUUGAUGCGUUUCAUGAGGCAGGAGGAAGCUUUAAAGGCAAUGGAUCUUUUUGAAGGAGCGCAGGAGCACAACAGGGUCAGCAAGAGGUCACUCAAGAACUGGGUGGUAAACGCAUUCCGAGAGCGCAAAGCUCUCGCCUUGACGCUCAACGACACGAAAACCGCAGUGAACAAGCUCCACCAAAUGGCCAAUGUUGUAGUUGCGUUAAUCGUGCUCGCACUCUGGCUUCUCAUCCUAGGGAUCGCAACGUCAAAAUUCUUUGUCUUGCUCAGCUCGCAGCUUCUUGUGGCAGUUUUCAUGUUUGGGAACACUCUUAGGACCAUCUUUGAGGCGAUCGUGUUCUUGUUUGUGAUGCAUCCUUUCGAUGUCGGUGAUCGAUGCGAAGUUGAUGGAAUGCAGGUGGUUGUGGAGGAGAUGAACAUCAUGACAACAAUCUUCCUCCGAUAUGACAAUCUCAAGGUGUAUUAUCCCAACAGUCAACUGGCUGCCUUACCGAUUAUGAAUUACUAUAGGAGCCCUGACAUGGGAGAUGCAGUCGACUUCUCUGUUCAUGUCGCAACACCAGUGGAGAAACUGGCCCUCAUGAAGGAAAGACUAUUGCGUUACCUUGACAACAAGAAGGAACACUGGUACCCUGGUUCCAUGGUCGUCCUCCGCGACGUGGACGACACAAACAAACUAAAGGUCUCCAUUUGGUGCCGUCACACGAUCAACUUCCACGACAUGGGGAUGAGGUUCGAGAGGAGGGAGCUACUGCUCCAGGAGAUGAUCAAGGUCUUGAAAGAUCUCGAGAUCGAAUACCGGAUGUUGCCGCUCGACAUCAAUGUCCGGAAUGCACCUACUAUCCAGUCUUCAAGGAUGCCAUCAACAUGGGCGACAAAUUAUUGAAAUUUAUGUUGGCACUUCUUAGUUCUUACCACCAUUCUAGUGUGAGAUUGUGCAUUGAACUUGCUAGGUAUUUUUUUUUUUAGGACAAGGUGAAGUGCUGAAAUGUCAUUUUCCUCUUUAGUGGUUUGGGCUGUGACAGCUUGCUGACGAAAGCAAGAUGUUCUACUCUCUCUGCAGCCAUCACUUGUGCUUUCCUGUAAUUAUCGUGUUGUGGUCCGUACUUUAGUGUCUAUGAUAGAGAAGUAAACAUCUGCUGCUACAGAAUAAUCUGAUGAUUUAACUCAUAGAAAAUAUGAAUGUCUGAAU